AUGCCAGCCAUCCUUGACGACCCCUCAGCCGGAACAAUUCACCGCGUCUCUGGAGCGGCUCCCUAUCCAGACCCUGCUCAUCCUUCUUUUCCGCCCACCAUUGUCCCUCGCCAUGUGACUCUGCGGGAUCGCCAGACGGUGGCUACCGUCGUCCCCUUUGCCUCGCGCCAUCAGGUGCCCAAUUCCCUGCUGCACUAUCUCCAUGAUCAGUUCAACAAGGAAAUCGAGGGUGGUGAUACGUACCCCAUGUUGGACGCCAUGCCCUUCGACAAGUUCGCCGACUACUGGUUCCAAAACUUCGCUGGUGUCAUGCUCCUCGGCCAGAUCGAGCGCGGCGAGGACAUUGUCGACAACAAGAACUGGUCGACAGAGUGCUUGGGCACCUUCUACAUCAAGCCCAACUACCCUGGCCGCAGCAGCCACAUCUGCAAUGCUGGCUUCAUCGUGACGGAUGCCUCCCGUAACCGCGGCGUCGGGCGUCUCAUGGGUGAGACCUACUUGGACUGGGCACCCAAGCUGGGCUACACGUACUCGGUCUUCAACCUCGUGUACGAGACCAACGUGGCGUCGUGCAAGAUCUGGGACGGCUUGGGCUUCAAGCGCAUCGGCCGUGUCAAGGGGGCCGGCAACCUCAAGAGUUACCCAGACCGUCUGGUGGACGCCAUCAUCUUUGGGCGGGACUUGGGCGACGCGGCAGGCAACGAAGAACUUGUGAGUGAAGAGCGUUUCGACAAGAUCAAGUUCUAUCUCAAGUACGGCCGCUAUCCGAACGGGGCUGACCGAGCCGAGAAAAGCAGGCUUCGUAGCGCCGCGACUCACUACAAGCUGGUCGACGGUGACAUUCUCAUGCUAAAGGACAAAGAGGUCAUCUCGGACCCGCGCCGCCAGUACGACAUUGCAAGAGAGGUGCACAACCAGUCACAUGCGGGCAUCAACAGAACCACGGCCACCAUUGCCGAGCGCUACCACUGGAGUCGUAUCAAGGAGACGGUCUCGGAUGUAAUUAGGAACUGUUCUGAAUGCAAAGAACUGGGAAAGUCGUCAUUCCCAGGACAUCCCUAUGCUGCCUCCUCAUCGCAUCACUAUAACCAAAGCCAUCCGCAUUUUACUGAUGCCAGCGGUCACCAAAUCUCCAUCUUGACUUCCCCUUCCCCCGGUCCUCCUAUGCAAGUAACCCCUGAUACAACAAACCUCGCCACCGUUCAGCAAAACCCUUUUACUCGUCACACACAGGCGCAUGAGAGCCCAAUGCUACCACACCAUCCUUCCCCUCCUCCGCAUCACCACCAUCACUAUCCACCUCCUUAUCCUUCCCACCCGCAUCAUGAACCGCAACAUCACUCUGUAGUGGCAUCCUCUCAUCACCAUCAGCCUCAUCACCCGCACCAUCACCAGCCUCAACAUCAUCCAAACCCAUUCCACCAUCGACCUCCUCUCCAUCCGCCUACACAGGUGCAUGCGCCGUUAUACAGCCAACCACAUCAAAUCCAACCAUCCCAACUUCAUACCUCGACAGCUCACAACGCUCACCCGUCCGAUGGCGCUCAACAUUACACCCCC